AUGUUGGAGCGGUUCGAUUGGAGGGGAGAGGCUCAGUCUGUGCAGUACCCAUUCCGAUUGGGUGGAGAAGAGAGUAACCACGCCCUCUACCUGCCCAAGAGUUCAUCUGAUGGCCUGGACAGUGGCUUGACCACCGGGCCCUCCGGUCUGCCCUUCUCCACUACUGACAGAGAAAACAACCUGCACGCCGAUGUCAACUGUGCCAAGCAACUCUCAGGUGGCUGGUGGUUCAGCAACUGCAGCCAAUCCAACCUGAAUGGCAAGUACCCUAGAAAAACCCACCUCCUUCAAAGGCUACAGCCAAGGAAGCCACUGAUCAUUUGGAAGAGCAAUCAUACCCUGAGGACCACUGUAUUGAAGAUUAUCCCAGCUACAGUCAAGUCAUAG